CACGGUGACACAAAGGUUAAAAGUCACCAAAACAAGAACACGAGACUUGCAGUGACAAGUCAGUGAUUCGUAAUCAAAGAUAUGUUUAUGAACAUAAAUUGCAAAGGAUCUUAGCAGGAAAAAGAAAAAUGGCAAGCACCAUAGUGGCCGUGGGCCUUACCCUGGCGGCAGCAGGAUUCGCAGGUCGCUAUGCGAUGCAAGCCAUGAAGCAAAUGGAGCCUCAAGUGAAACAGGCUCUCCAGGCUUUUCCUAAAUCUACUUUUGGAAGUGGCUAUUACAGAGGAGGCUUUGAUCCCAAGAUGACCAAGAGAGAGGCUUCUCUUAUUCUUGGAGUCAGUCCCACUGCCAAUAAAAACAAGAUAAGAGAAGCACACAGAAAACUUAUGAUUUUAAAUCAUCCUGAUCGAGGUGGAUCUCCCUAUCUUGCUGCAAAAAUCAACGAAGCUAAAGAUUUACUUGAUGGACAAGCCAAGAAGUAGUUUAUUACAAAUACUGAUUGAGCCCUGACCAAUUCACUUUCUUCUGUAAACAUUAAAAUCUUGUCAUACAUUUAA